CAAACAAUGUCUUUGACUUCGAAAUUAACGUUGACAGUUUCUAUUAUAACAACCGCAUGUAUAAUCGGAUAUGUACAUUUGAAACAGGCAACAGAUCAAGAAAAUCUACAUGAGGGUGUUUUGCGCGACAUCGAAAGACAGCAAAGACGUAAACUGGAAAAUACAUAUACUCUGCAGAAACAAAUCGAUCUAACUAAACAGUUGAAGCGCGCAGAACGCGAAGCUGAACAAAAUCCAAAUGAAAGUGUAUAA